GGUCCAUAGUAAUCUCCUCCUACUCCCAGCAUGACCUUACUGCAACCUUAACCUUCCCCAGCUGGAACCAAUACCAGGUCAUUAGAGCAACAAUCAAUUAGCCCGCCUGCCGCAGCUUUUGAUUCGCUGACAGACAAUUUUACCCAACUCAAAUAGUUGCAACGAAGCACUGUAUCACCAGCUCUCAGCAUUUCCUGAAGUCACAGGAGAAUGAUGAUGCCAAAAGGGAAACGCGUUACGGUGUACUUGGCUGCAGCUGUUAUUCUCGCAUGUUAUUUUGCACAAACGACAGACUGUUCUCGACUUAAGAAAACAGAAAGACGAGAGGGGCGAAAAGAAGCCGGCGCAGUCAAAACGAUAGGUGUCCGAGAGGGGAAAAUUGUGUUCGGGAGAGUUUUUGAGAAGGGGUCUGAGUCACAACAUGGGACCAAGAAGUCUUCCUCAAACACUUCUGUGGAUGAUGAAGCUGCUUAUCAAGCGGACUCUGCAGGUUGGCCAAGAGACUACAGAGGAGAACACAGACAAGAUCCCAGUUCCAGAGAAGCAUUGUGGAAGCGCAUGGCGUCUUCCCUGCAGUGUGGUGGGGACCAGUUGAAGUUCAGAGCAGUGGGGCCAGGAGCUUCACGGUUUGUAGUGGAACAAGAAAAUGCAGCUCCGGUGCCUCUGUCCCAGGUCCCUUCUGCCUGUGGCUACAACAUGCAGAGGAACUCUCUUGCACUUGUUAUGUUGGUUCCCUAUGAUGGCUGCAACAUGGUUCAAGAGGGUGGAAAUUACGUGCUCCCAAUGCGUUGGCAGGGAAUGCCGGUCUCACUCUGGUGUCCAAAAGCUGCAGCACCUGCUCCCACACCUGCCCCACAAGAGCAGGUGCCGCAGGUGCCGCAGGUGCCGCAGGUGCCGCAGGUGCCGCAGGUGCCGCAGGUGCCGCAGGUGCCGCAGGUGCCGCAGGUGCCGCAGGUGCCGCAGGUGCCGCAGGUGCCGCAGGUGCCGCAGGUGCCGCAUCCUUUUUUCCGUACCCUCCAGGAGUUAAGCCAGAACCUACAAUGGCAGCAACUACAAAGAAACCAGAAAUGCCUAAGUUUCCACUGUACCCCUUCUACCCUGGUCCUUAUAAUCCCUACUUUCCUCCCCCUCUUCCAGUCACAACAGCUGCACCAACUACUACCACCACUGCUAAGCCCAUGGUAGCUUUUCCUUUCUACCCACCUUACUUCCCUUGGUCCUUCCCAGGCCCUCUGCCAGAUACUGCCAAACAAACCACUCAAUCAACCACAGCUAAACCUCAGUCACCACAGUUUCCACCAUAUCAAACUUUCUUGCCCCCAUAUCCUUUUUUCCCUCCCCCUAUUCCUCCCUAUCACAAGUUUCCAUCUUUCCCUCCACAGAUCCCAUAUUAUCCCAAAUAUCCAACUCCUACGCCACAAACAACACCUACGACUACAACCGAGACCCCACUGACUCCGUUCCCGGACGAUCAGCCACAUUUUCAUCCCCAUGUCCACUAUCCAUUCUUUAUCCAGUAUCCCCCUCAAGGUUAGCCUGUUGAAGCCAUUCUAAUAAAUGGUUUGAAAAACACAA